AAGAAAAUUAACAAGUGGCACCGGGCUGAAUUUGACACUUCAUUAAAAACAAAAAACAAAAAAUAAAGAAUUCUUCCCAGUUAUUUUAUUCAAAAAUUUUCGUGAACUUUAGGUCAAAAAAGCAAAAUUAUCCAAAUAACCUCAUGACAUUUACAUAUAGUCACGUAAGAGGAAGAAUAAAAAAAUAUCUAAUCACAAAUUUUGACCAAACUCAACAAACUUAUUAAAAGUCUGGAAAUUUCUCCAGACUUUGUUUUCAUUUGUUUUGUUCUGUUAAUUAAUUUUAAUAAUGAAAAAACGUCUAUAAUUACUAUAGGAAUUAAUAACAUUAAGUGAAUUCAUUCUUAAAAAUAUUUUCUUUCUUGUGAAUAAGUUUUCAGCGAUUUAACAUCAGUUAACCAAAAAAUUAAAAAUAAUGUCACAAACAUUGAAUAAAAAAAUAUUCAUGUCCAUUGAGGCUUACAAAGAAUGGAUAACACAAAAUCCUCAAUUAGUCGGUGACAUUGAGAGUGUUGUUAGAUGCCUCUCUUUUUUUUCUGCAGGACGUUUUCAUAAUACAUCAUUAGUGUCGGAAUUAAUAUAUUCGCUGCCAAAUUUAUUAGUUCUUCUCAACGAUCGACUCAUUUAUAGUAGUAAAUGUAAAGAAAACAAAUUACCAGAAUCACAAUCGAGAAUAAAAAUUUGGUUGACUGUUGUCGAUUACACUGAGGCACUUUUAGAGGUUUCAGCAAAACGAUUAUUGGGUGAAGGGGGAAGAUGGCUUGUUAUUUUCUUAAUACAAAGUCUAAAAUCAGCUCUGAGGUUGCUUUUGAUUUUUCGUUACAAGGAACGAGUAACAAAUACACCAGCGAUUCCUCCUCUUAAUAGAGAAAAAUUUCGUGAUGUUGAUAACGCAAAUAGUUGUGAUGAAGAUGAGGGAUUUUGUUUAAAGCGUUCUGGAGCAUUUGUCCGAAGUAUUAGAAACAGUAAUUCAACGCGACAUCGCACGUGGUCACCGAUCACUGGACCAAUUUCUUCUGAUAAUGGAGAAACAACAAGUCUACAGUGCAAUUCAUCGUCUAGAAAGAAAUUGAUUCUUGCCGAAACUCUUUAUGUUGUAAAACCACUUUUACAUCUUGGAUAUUUAUCAAUGAAGGGACAAAGACACUGGCACCCUUGGCUCUUGUCUUUUGCCGUUGAUCUCGCAAGCCUGAAAAUUUUUAGUCAGGAGGCUAAAACUGCAAUGUUUAAUAGAAACGAGAAAGAGGAAAUUUGCCGCAGAAGAAUAGGAUUACUACUCUACUUACUGCGAUCACCAUUUUACGAUAAAUACAGUCGUAUUAAGAUUUAUUCUUUACUAAGUGCAAUAUCAAGAACAGUGCCUUUCGCCAGGAUAAUUGCCGAUCCUAUUGCAAAAUAUCUUCCGCACUGGCAAAAUACAUAUUUUUAUAUGUGGUCAUGUUAGUCACAUAAAAAUACUGGGUAAUGUGGUUUAUAAAUUAACUAAACUCAAUUAGUUUGUUUCAAUACGCAAAGUGACUUAUUUGUUUCAAUUUAGCAUUCCAUUUUAUGAUUUUUUAAUUUAAAAUUAAAAGGAAUAUGUAAGGUAUUAAAAUAAGAAUGUUGUAUAAAGUAGACUGUUAAUAAAUGGUAAUAAUUUUAAAAUAUAAUCCAAUCU